CACCUAGUACGACCAUGUUGUCUUUUGCGCGUAAUUUGUUUAAGCGCGCUUAAUUUUUGUGAAUUAUUUCCUUCUGUGCCGGUGAAACGGUGUAUUUGUUCUGUGGAAAGUGAAUAACUUUGAUAGGAUUUUCGGCGUUAGUUUGAAAUGUGAAUAGUGAAUUUUAGAUAGUGUUUUACACUUAGAAAGCCACAUUAAGUUUAGUAGGAAAAUAGCCUAAGACGACAUUUCCCACGGAAACACUAAGCCACAUAACUACAGUUAGGCCUACGUUUUGGACUUUGGAUGUUGGCCAAGUAAAUUAUAAAUCAGACUUUUUUCACCAAAACAAAAAUGGUUCAGAAAUAUGUUUAUUGACAAUUUACAUAGAAUGCGCUAAAUCAAUUACUCCCCGGGUGAAAUGUGUCCCGAGACCAAUGAAAUGCGCGUUUUUCAUGGGAAAUGCAAAGAGGAAGAAGACUCUGAAGAUGAAGCGCUUCUCAAGAAAAAGUCUUCACCGUGGUACCGACAGACCAGGUUCAGCUCCAGAAGGGUCCGUAGACGAGUGGUGUUCAAACAUGGCGACUGCAACGUGGUUCAGGGGAAGGUUGCGAAACGAAGAAGAAGGUAUCUACAGGACAUCUUCACCACCCUGGUUGACGCCCAGUGGCGUUGGACCCUCCUCGUCUUCGCCUGCAGCUUCCUCCUGUCAUGGCUGGGGUUCGCCAUAGUCUGGUGGACAAUCGUGUUUCUCCACCGUGACGUCAUAGGAGCCCCAGAUGACCCGGGUGACCCGAGUGACCCCUACAACGUCAACACGACCACGCCGCUGGUGACGUCAGCAGUACAACACUGCGUCACGGGGGUACACAGCUUCACCAGCGCUUUCCUCUUCAGCGUGGAGACGCAGCAUACGAUAGGGUACGGCUCCCGGGUCACCCAAGAGGACUGCAUCUCCGCCAUCUUCGUCAUGUGUCUGCAGAGCAUCACGGGAGUGAUGAUCCAAGCGUUCAUGGUGGGUGUGGUGUUCGCCAAGCUGUCUCGCCCCAAGAAACGCACCCAGACCUUGCUGUUCAGCAGACACGCCGUCAUCUGUCAAAGAGACGGGGAGCUCUGUCUCAUGUUCCGGGUGGGAGAUAUGAGGAAGAGUCACAUCAUCGAGGCCCAUGUCAGGGCACAGCUGAUCAGGAGAAAGGUUACCAAGGAAGGUGAAGUCCUGCCGUUCUGCCAAACGGAACUGAAGGUCGGUGGGGAUGGAGAGGAAGAUAAAAUCUUCUUCAUCUGGCCUACCACGAUAGUCCACAAGAUCACGUCGUCAUCGCCUCUGUACGAGCUGUCUGCAGCCGACAUGCUCAGGGAGAGGUUCGAGAUUGUUGUCAUUCUGGAGGGGGUGAUAGAGUCAACGGGGAUGACGACGCAGGCGAGAUCCUCCUACCUCCCCAGUGAGAUCCUCUGGGGACAUCGCUUCCAGACACUGGUGUCCUUCAAGAAGGAGACGGGUGAGCACGAGGUGGACUAUAGUCUGUUCAACGACACUUACGAGGUGGACACACCACUCUGUAGUGCGUCGGAACUGGACAACCUGGCCAGACAGAACAGACCAGAUAUCCAGAAACACCCUGCGCCCUCCCCUGACGUAACCAGUGUGACCCUAGAUCCCCAGGGACUUCAGGGACUCCAGGGACUGCAAGGGAAGCCAGACAGUUGUGUCGUCCAGCUUCAGCAUGUCCCAGGGCCGGAGUCCCGCAUUUGACAUCACAGAGGGCGGUGAUGCCACAACCUGAGCUCAAGCCUAAGUGUACUUAUGUAAAUAUGUAGAUGAACGGGUUUUGUGUGCGCGUGCGCGAAGAACCAGUCAGCGACGACGAUCU